CCUUACUACAACUUUUAUUGCAAGUGUGGAGUAUCUUUAAAUGAUAGCAUAAUGUUCCGAAAUGGUCACCUUCACACAACGAAGAUAGCUAAAACCACACAUUCAAAAAUGGGCGUUAUUAGACUCAUUGGCUGUAUUCUAUUGGUGUUACCUUGCGUUUUAACAGAAUUUUACCGUUUUUGCUACUACGGAUCGUGGGCGUCCAAUCGUCACGCCCCGAACGCACUCCGCCCUGGAGACAUCAACCCCUCUCUGUGCUCGCACCUGUCCUAUUCCUUUCUGGACCUGGACGAUACUGCCACCAGGAUUAUACCAACACCGGACCCACCGCAUCCAGAGACCCUUAUGACACAGUUCAACAACCUCAAGAAGAGGAAUAGGAGUCUGAAAACCAUCGCUUCGGUGGGAGGUUGGGCCAUGGGAACUGAAGCCUUCAUCAAGCUUGUAUCCUCGCAGGACUUGAUGAACCAGUUUGCUGGAAACGCCGUAACGUUCUUGCGAACACAUAACUUCGAUGGCCUUGACCUUGACUGGGAAUACCCUGGUGUUGAAUAUAGAGGCGGAAAACCUGAAGAGAAGCAACGUUUUGUCCAACUACUCAAGACCGUGCGUGAGGCAUUCGAAAGCGAUCCGGAAGUGCAGAAAGGUCGAGAACGACUCCUUCUUACAUGUGCAGUGGGAGUCACCGAGGACCUCGUUACGACAGCCUACAAUGUGACGGGAAUAGCACAGUAUUCCGACCUGAUUAACCUGAUGAUGUACGACUUUCACGGCGAGUGGGAGAACACCGUCAACGUCCACAGCGCCCUCUACAGCGACUUCGACUUAAGCGUGGAUCGCUUUGUUAAGUUGUGGGUGUCAGAAGGGGCGCCUAAGAGUAAGCUGCUAAUGGGGUUGCCGCUCUACGGGCGAUCCUUUACCCUGGUUGACCCCAACAACAACACCGUGGGUGCACCCAGCAGUGAAGGUCACGACAUGCCUUACUAUCAGGUGUGCCAGAUGAUAAAAGAGCACCAGAUAACCCCGACUACGCUAUCAAACGAGCGCGUUCCCUACUUUGUCCAUAACAACCUAUGGGUCGGGUACGAGGACAGGGCCAGCAUUCGCGAAAAGGCUCAGUACCUUCGGGCGGAGGGUCUAGCGGGUGCCAUGGUUUGGGCUAUAGAUCUGGAUGACUUCCACGGAACUUGCGAACAGGGACAAUACCCUCUAAUGAACGCGCUGAAUUUGAUCAUCAGUCCCGACAAUGCUAUCGUAGGAUAAGCAUGAUACGCGGAUAUUUGUUUUGGGACAUAAUUACCGUAUGUGUGUGUACUCAGAUAGACUAACCAAGUAAAAAAACUAAUUUGUGA